UGAUAGAGGGGCUCCGUCUCUGUCUGUUCAUACCAAUCAUUAACCUGACAGCGCUCGCAGAAAGGUUAAAGAGCAUUUCCAGAGCCGAGGAUUCACUCAGUGUCGAGAGGAAGCUUAUCUGCAAAGCCUACAGCCUACAUCAACCCCACCACAAUGGACGAGUUUAACGCCUCGAGCCCCAGAGAAGCCGUGGAGCGAGUGUCUGCGUCUCUGGGCUGCAGUCCGACCUCUGCAGAAGUGGCCGCUUACUUCGACAAACACGACAAACUGAAACAUCUCCGGGAGGAAUUCCUGCUGCCUAAAAUCGCAGAUUUGCCUCCAUCUGAUCUUUCUCUGGUUGAUGGCACCAAGGAUUGCAUCUAUCUCGUGGGGAACUCUUGUGGCCUUCAGCCCAAAAUGGCCCGGAAAUAUGUGGAAGAGGAGCUGGACAAAUGGGCCAAAACGGGGGUGCAUGGCCACACAGAGGGCUCACGACCUUGGGCCUGGGCUGAAAACAACAUUGAGGAACUCAUGGCUAACAUUGUUGGAGCUAAACCUGAGGAGGUGGCUCUGAUGAACGGUCUGACUGUUAAUUUACACCUUCUGAUGCUUUCUUUCUACAAACCAACUGCAGCUCGACACAAAAUCCUCCUGGAGCACAAGGCCUUUCCUUCAGAUCACUACGCUGUAGAGUCUCAGAUCCUCCUGCGGGGAUUCGACCCUCAGCAGAGCAUGUUGAUGCUCUCACCCAGACCGGGGGAGGAGACUCUGAAGACGGAGGACAUCCUGGACGUGAUCCAGAAGGAGGGAGACUCCAUCGCCGUGGUGAUGUUCAGCGGCGUCCAGUAUUACACCGGUCAGCUGUUCGACAUGGCCGCCAUCGCUGAGGCCGGCCACAGGAAGGGAUGCUUCGUGGGCUUCGACUGCGCCCACGCUGCAGGAAACGCCGAGCUGAAGCUGCACGACUGGGGCGUCGACUUCGCCUGCUGGUGCUCCUACAAGUAUAUAAACUCAGGGGCUGGUGGUAUCGCUGCAGCAUUUGUCCAUGAGAAGCAUAAACACAGCAUCAAACCAGCGCUGGUGGGAUGGUGGGGGCACGACCUGAGAACUCGUUUCCAGAUGAGUAACGUGUUGGAGCUGCAGCCCGGAGUGAGCGGCUUCAGACUGUCCAACCAGCCCAUCCUGCUGGUCUGCCCCCUGCAGGCCAGUUUGGAGGUGUUUAGCAGGACCAACAUGCAGGAGCUGCGCAGGAAGUCCCUCCUGCUGACGGGGUAUCUGGAGUAUCUGAUCCAGCAGCACUACACCCAGGACCCGGCCCGGCCUCACAAGCCUCACGUCCGCAUCAUCACGCCCUCAGACCCUCAGCAGAGAGGCUGCCAGCUGUCGCUCUCCUUCUCCGUCCCCAUCAAAAGAGUCUUCCAGGAGCUGGAGAAGAGAGGCGUCGCUUGCGACAUGAGGGAACCCAGCGUGCUGAGAGUCGCUCCGGUGCCGCUCUACAACUCCUUCAGCGACGUCCACCGCUUCAUCGAAACUCUGGGAGCAGCUCUGGCCGCCAGCGGCGAGUCAGGAAGUAGUCCUGCAGGUACACCGAAGUAGAGUCCACGUUUUAAAUUACAGCUCUACUUUAUAUAUUAAGAGUUUAAUUUCCGCUAAUAUGACAUAAUUUUUAAUUGAAUUAAUUCAUGCAGGAAGUAAAAACAAGUGCAAUAAAUGAAAUAAAAUGUAUAUUUUAGUCGAACAUAUGAAACUGGAGCCGCUCACAGCAUGAGGUUUUAUAAAUGACUUGAUUUUUAGGGGUGAAAUCUGAUGAAUCCUCCCCCCUCCUCACCCGCCUGUACAUUACACACAUGAGUUAGCCGACAGUCCUCCCCUCACCAAUUAACACCUACUUUAUUACCAGGCCGACUUCCCCCUAAUGCUCCUGCAGGUGUUUAUGCACUAUUACCUUGACGGAUGCCUGUUCCACCAUUAGACACAAUUGGCAUAUCAAUAUGCAGGAACCUAAAUGGAUUAGCCUUCUUUAAAACUAAUGAGCACUCGGAUGCCCAGCUGGGGGAUGGACCAGAAUUAGCAUUUGUCAUUUUUUUUUUCAUUUUUUUUAUUUUAAGGGGUGAUGUGAGAAUAAAUAAUUGAAGAGAGGCAGCUAUUGUCUUUCCUGGGGCUUCUUGAGCUGAAAGUGACUGUAGUGUAAAAUUAAAUAAAAAGAAUAAUAUGCAGAUUUACUGUUGUAACGAUGGCCAUGGGCUCGCUGGUUUCACACAUGCAGAAGAAGCAGCAGCGUCUUUUAGUCGUGGAAGGAGAAGAAUAAGAAGAAUAAGUCCUGGUUUGAAAGGAUGUUUAUGUUUAUUAGGAAUAAAUUGAGGUUAGAGGAGCUGGACAGUAGCAGGUAUUUACAACAGAACAUCUGAAACUCAGAGGAUCCAGAUACAAACCAACACCAGAGAACUAACGGCGCUAGUGAGGCUAGCAGGCGCUACAUCCGUGUUUUACGUUCAUAUAUCUAUACCAGACAUACCUCAAAUGUACAUAACAGCGUUUAAGUCUAUGCACAUAUAUGUACAUUUAUUCAGAUAUCACGUGUAAACUCAUGUAAAAGUUGUUGAAUUGUAAAGGUGCUUCAAGAAAAACCAUGUUUUCUCUCCUCACUGGAUGUAUUUGUGUCCACACGUGUGAUGUUAUAUGUGCAAAUGUGAUCGAUGUGUUAAUCAGAAUAAACUCACUGCUGCUUCUGUUCAA